CUUCUCUCUAUCUACUGUACAAUGCGUUCUCUCUUCCUUGAUCCUAAGCGCCUUGGCCAGACAUCUUUGUGGACCACUUUUCGGCGUCGUCCUGUGAUCGCGUUCUUUUUGCUCGGCGGGACCCGAUCUCUUUUAACUCUAUUUCUGUACUGUACUGUACAGUACUUCAUUCGAAUCAAAAUAGACUCGGGUUAUCUAGCUAUCGGCCACGGACAGACCAGGAUGCGCACUGGAUCGGUCGCUAAUACAACGAAGUGAAGCGACAGUUCCCGCGGUCAAGCGAGCAUCAAGAGGAAAGCCUCAAGUUGGAUCUUUUCGCUUUCUCACAGCGAGCAGAAGCCGUAUGAGAU